AUGCUACUUUCUAUGUUAGGAUGUUGCUGGGCGUUUUCUGCCGUUGGAGCACUAGAAGGAGCCUACCAAAUUGCAACACGCCAAAAGAUUGAACUUUCUGAGCAAGAACUUCUCGAUUGCAGCACGAGUAACAACGGUUGUAGCGGCGGCUUUACGAUCAGGGCAUUUGACUUCAUCAUAGAAAAUGGUGGAAUUUCAACUGAAUCAGAUUAUCCGUACGAAAGGCAACAAUACCCAUGCAGGAGCCAAGAGCUAACACCAGCAGUAAAAAUAAGCAGCUAUCAAGUUGUGCCUGAAAGUGAAACAACAUUUUUACAAGCCGUCACGCAACAACCAGUGUCAAUUGGGAUUGCUGCUAGCCAAGAGUUCCAAUUUUACGCAGGAGGAACUUAUCAUGGAAGCUGUGCGAACGAAGUUAACCAUGCAGUUACGGCAAUAGGGUAUGGAACUGAUGAGGAGGGUCAAAAAUAUUGGUUAUUGAAGAAUUCAUGGGGAACUACUUGGGGGGGGGGGGGGGGGAAUGGAUAUAUGAAAAUUAUAAGAGAUACUGGGAAUCCUGGAGGUCAUUGUGACAUCUAUAAGUUUUCUUCUUAUCCAAUCAUCUGAUAGUCCCUAAGGAAGUAUUCUAUAUUUUACUUUAUGUCGUAUUAAGAAUUGAAAGAAGAUAGUGGU